AUGUCCUUCUCAAAUCUUGUUUCCGACAUCGCAUUUCGCGACUCAAACGCAGAUGAGCGUGGUUCGACAAUCUCCCACGCCCAGUCACGCGCUGCUCGAUCAUACGCCAGCACCACAGCCACCAGUGUCAGCAUCUCUGGGGAUAUUUCCAGCCAGCUUCAUGCUGGAUACAGUCACCCUCUGAGCCGGUCAUGGCAAGCAGAGCGUCAAUUGACAAAGGACAUGCUCAUCUACCCCCUCUUCAUAACCGACAAUCCCGACGAAGAAACACCAAUCCCUUCCCUCCCAAACCAAUACCGCCGAGGCGUCAACAAAUUAAUCCCCUUCCUCGCCCCUCUAAUCCGAAAGGGCCUAAGCUCAGUAAUGCUCUUCGGCGUCCCUUUACACCCCUCCGCAAAAGACGCCCUCGGCACAUCCGCCGACGACCCCUCCGGCCCCGUAAUCUCCGCAAUCCGACUCCUACGCACCCGAUUCCCAAAACUCUACAUAACAACCGACGUCUGUCUCUGCGAAUACACAUCCCACGGCCACUGCGGCAUCCUCCGCGAAGACGGAACCCUCGAUAACGCCCAAUCCGUGGACCGAAUCGCAGACGUAGCUCUAGCCUACGCAAUCGCCGGCGCACACUGCGUCGCACCAUCAGACAUGAACGACGGACGCGUUCGCGGCAUCAAACUAAAACUCAUCGAAGCAGGCGUCGCCCACCGCGUCCUACUCAUGUCCUACUCAGCCAAAUUCAGCGGAUGUCUGUACGGUCCCUUCCGCGAUGCUGCGGGUUCUUGUCCCAGUUUUGGCGAUCGGCGGUGCUACCAAUUACCCCCCGCGGACGAGGCCUUGCGCGGCGUGCGAUUGUUCGCGAUAUGA